GAAUUGGUUCCUCAGGACGUUGUGAUGAGAUUCGUGGAAAAACAUGUGACUGAAAAUAUUGGUAAGAAAGGGAUCAUUCUGGACGGGUUUCCGAGAGACAUGGCUCAAGUUUCCGAAUUUGAACUUAGGUUCAAACAGAAACCUACAAUAAUCCUCCUUGACUGUUCCAAGUUGCAACUGGGAAGAGGGAGAUUGGAUGAUAGUGUUACUGCCUUUAGAAGAAGACUGGAAAUUUUUAGAAAAUCCUCUUUGCCUAUGCUCAAGUUGAUGGAUAAUGUUGGAAGGCUGACGAUUGUUGAUGGUGACACCGAUUCCGAACUAGUUCAAGAGGACUUCAAGAAAGUCGUCAAGGAGCAUAUUGAGUACAUGCAGUCGGCAAACGAGUCAACUACGUUGGAGAACGGCACUAUACUAAACGGCAAUACCAAGCCAAGCGACCAAUCCUCAAUCAGUAGUAAACCAAUCCAAAAUGGAUAUGCAAAUGGUCACGCAAAUGGUCACGCAAAUGGUCACAUCCCUAAUGGUGACACCGAACUUGAAGACUUGGAAGAUGAACCUAUAGAGACCAUCAGCAAAACGGUGGCAAAUGAUGUGGCCCAUACAAUGACUAAUGGCACUGCUCGUGCUAUUGUGAAUGGUGUGAAAAGUGUAGCAAAUGGCUAUGCUAAUGGUAUGGCAAAUGGUAUAGCAAAUGGCAUGGCAAAUGGACACGUGACUGGCUUAGCAAAUGGUCAUUUGAAAGCCAAACAGACUGAAAAUGGAUUUGCUGGUAGGACUCAACCAAUGUACAGUGAAGUGAAUUAUAUGGAAGGACAUAUUUAAAUGAAGUGAUAUUGUUGAAAGCAGACAAAUGAAGCCAAUAUCUUGGUUAUUGAGCCAGGAAAAGAAUUCGAAGGAGAGCCAAAUUUUUGAAACUAUCGAAACUAUUUUUUAGAUACAACUUUCUCAGUGUUAGAGAGCUAUCAGUUUAUAGACUCGACAGUUUGAAGUAUUCAACUCUGGAAUUAUGUUC